CUUAAUGAUUUAAUGGAAAACCACAAAGUGGUUGCUUUGCAGUGGGUACCUGUACACUGUGGACUCCAGGGUAAUGAAAUAGCUGACUCCCUGGCAAGGAAGGCAACCAAAAUUGCUCAAGUAACAGAUCAAUCAAUUGCUUUUUAUACCGCCAAACAGUUAGUUAAAAAAGUCUUUUACAGAGAAAUAUUGGGAAAACAUGAAAGAGGAAACAAAGACAAGAAAUGGAUUGAGAAAGUCACAAAUAUUCCACUACGGAUAAAGAACAGAUCUGUUGCCUUUUUUCGCCUUGCUACCAGCCAUGCUUGCUUCUCCAAGCAUCUAUAUCAUAUAGAAAUACUACCAAGUCCUCUUUGCCGAUUGUGCAACAUUCGUGAGGAAAUGGAUGGGAACCAUUCAAGUCAAACUGUUCUGCACUGGGCUCGGUAUACUUGUGGGAGAAAUACUGGAGAGUUCGGCUCAAGAUGGAUAAUUUAUAGAUUUACUGUAGUUUUAUUACUUGUCACUUUGUUUGUAUUUCUGACUAAAGUUGUCUUCUAUUCUGCCAUUGGAAAUAAAUAUAUACCGGGUGGCCAUAAUUAAACUGCCA